AUGGUUAAAGCAGUGCCAUGGCGAAGCUUCGGAAGCAACCGCGCAGUCCGAGUGCUGAAAGCGUUGAUUUAUCCCAGACGGUCGAAUGCUGGAAUCUCUUUUUCGCUCCCCUGGUCAAAGCGCCGAGAAUUGGAUUCGCAAUCCGCGCAGAAGUUGAUCAGCAGUGUCGAGGCCUUUGUCUUCGAUUUGGAUGGUGUUAUUUGGAUUGGGGACUCCUUAAUUGAUGGUGUGAAAAAAGCACUUUCAGACCUUCGAAGCGCUGGAAAAUCCAUCAGUUUUGCCACCAACAAUUCCAUGCGGACUCGAGCACAGGUCGUUGCUCGAUUGAAGUCCAUGGGCCUUGACUGGGUCCAGGAGGCCAAUGUAUUCAACGCUGGAAAUGCAGCUGCCCGGCUUUUGGAAAGCAAAGGAAUAUCCAAAGACAAAGAGAUCUAUGUCGUGGGUGAGGCAGGUCUGCUGGAUGAAGUGUCAGCUCGUGGGUAUCGCACUUCUGGUGGUCCUGCAGAUACAGGCAAAUCCCUGGAUGACGUCCCAGCAGCUCUAGAGCGUAUCGAUCUCGACAGUAUUGGCGCUGUGGUGCGUGGCCUGGACCAGCACUUCAACUACUAUAAGCUCGCCAUAGCAUCCUACUUGGUGAGGAAUGGUUGCCCACUCUAUGCCUCAAAUAUGGAUCUGUAUUUUGGCAAAAUCGGGGUGAGCAAACAGCAAUUCCCAGCUGCUGGAUCCAUCCUGAUGGCUGUAGCCUCCGCGUCGGGACGGCAGCCACCGGUGCCAGAUGCUCUUGGAGGCAAACCUAGCCUGGAGUUUGCAAAUCAGGUUCGACAGUCCUUAGGGUGCCCAUAUGGGAAGAUGGUGAUGGUUGGCGAUCGACUCGAUAUGGACAUUGAGUUCGGGAAUUCUGCAGGAAUGCAGACCCUCUUUGUACUCUCGGGAGAAAUGACCAGGGCUGACUUGCAAAGUGCUCGUGGCCCACUGGUGCCAGACUAUGUUGCGGAGUCUGUAGCACUGCUCGGAUUUGAAUCUUAG